CCUUUGACUGCGGGAGUCGGGGCUUUAUCAACCAGGGGGAUGCGCGCCUCACCCGCCCUCGGGGGUCAGAAGGCCCCCAGAGGAUGGGAGGUCGGCUGCUGAACAGGAACCUUCUUGUUUUUCAUCAGAUAGGUUGCCUAGUAAGUGGGAUGCUAUCCCUUCCACGCCAGAACCUUCGAGGUGCCAAGGUUUCCAGCAGGCUGUGGAGGGAAAGCUUGGAAUUCUGCAGUUUCCAAUUUGGACUGUCCUCCGCAUAAGCUCAACGAUCUUCCCAGGUUCACUUGACUACUAUUUGGUUCCAGGGUCAGACUGAGACACAAGGUACCAGACCCUUCCUGCUGCACAGCUCUAACCACCGUACUCCACUCCCGGCGAAGCUCAGCCGCUCUGGUGGAAUACCAGCUUUCCUGCUUUCUGUCUUACCAUAGGCAAACAGUACUAAGGAGGUCUCUGUGGUUUAGAUCCCAAUUCUGAGAUGGAGCUGUCAGAUUCAUCUUCCACCAUCUCUGAGCAGCAGCUGCAGGGGCAAGAGGGACUAAGCAACCCCCAGACAGACUUGGCCGGGCAGAGUCUCAUCUCAUCCGAAGAAUGGCUUCAACUGCAUGGGCUUAAGAACAACAAAUUGACCUUGAAACAGAUUUUGUCACAGAUUGGAUUCCCACAUAGUGAAGAUUAUGUGACUUCUCUGGGGAGACUUGUGGCUUCCCGAUAUGCGGAUGGCCUGUUUCCACAGCUCUACAGACCCGAAGAUGGCAGAGUAUACAAUGCACAGCUUCUGCAGGUGUUUGGUGAUCCAGUGAGCCAGUUGACAGCUAAAUCCGAACUGAUCUGUCAGUUUGUGGAACAUUUAACACAUGCUGUGGAGAGCUACAAGCAGCGGAUGGACUGGCUCACCAGCAGAAGCCGGCAGAUUUUUGGUGUCAUCUUGGAACAGAGCAUCACCAUAGUGCUGGAUUUUGGCGGCAUGCUGGAGGAGGAGCUUAAUCUGUGCCAAGACGCUCUAAUAAUGGUCCUCCAGGAGCAGGUGGCUCACAUAACCAAGUUUAAUCUCAUACGGGUUUCUCAGGAGCCUGUGAAAUGGCAGGAAAAAGCUGCUCCUGUGACAGGACAGUCCAUAGCCGCUGCCAUCAGCUGGGUUGAAAAACUGCCCUUUGAGCUGGCUGUGAGCCCUGCUAGCCGCCUGGACGCUCUGCUGGAAGCUGGACAAGACAGAUCGAUGGAAUCCAUUUACUACUUUGUGGUGGGAGACGUUCCUGAGCAAACCAAGGUGCUUCUCCUUCAGAGGACUUCGGAGAUCCCAUGUCCUGUCUGCACAGUGUCCUUCAAUGCUAGAGGAGAAGGCACUAUCAUGUUUUUAAAGGAUCUGAGUGCCAAGACCCACAGCAGAUUCCAUGCAUUUGCGGAGAGAACAGAGUGUGUGGAAUUUCCUGCAUUUGACUUGAAGGAUGGUGACAAUGUAAAUACUUGGAAUUCAAGGAAACUGAAAGGAAAGCCCCCUCCAGGUGCUGGGGUCAGAGAGGAUGUGUUUCUCAUUUGGAAGGAGAUGGAGGAAGCAUGCAGCAUUCUGACUCAGGUCCAGAGGCUGGUCACCGAGCCCACCAAGUCUGAUGUGGCCACAGUAGACCAUGAAUCAGGAGCAACCUCUAUAGAGAAUGAGUCAAAUCCAGAGAGCACCUGGGACUCCAAGAAGUGGCUACAGAAAUAUGGCUUGAAAGCUCAGAAGCUGUCCUUUUAUGAUGUCCUUGCUGACUGCUCCUUCCGCCACGCUGAUGGAGUCGUUGAUGUAAAAACCAAACCAGGAAAUGAGUCUGUGCAGACUAGCGCGGAGACCAACAAGAAAACAGUCCAUGCGAAAUACUGCAGCAGAUUUGUCCAUACACCCUGGAAGGAUGGGAGCUUGGUCCAUGUCUGCAUUACCAAAGAGAAGUGUACCUGGUACAGUGAAAGAAUCCAUGCCGUCUUUGCCCAGAUCCAGAAGAGGAUUAAGUGGCUACAGGAUGGAAGUCAAAUCCUCUUUGGAAAAGUACGUAAUGAUUGUGUCUACGUCCUCAUUGAUACAUCUCAUUCAAUGAAGAGCAAACUGGACUUCAUGAAGGGCAAGAUCAUCCAGUUGAUACAGGAACAGCUGAAAUAUAAAAGGAAAUUCAAUUUUGUGCAGUUUGAUGCUCAAGCAGUUGCUUGGCAGGAAAAACUUGUUGAAAUCAGUGAAGGUAGUUUGCAAGCGGCUCAGUCCUGGGUUAGAGACAUCAAGAUUGGAAGUUCCACAAACACCCUCAAUGCUUUGCAAAUUGCUUUUGCUGAUGAAGAAACACAAGUAAUCUACCUUUUGACAGAUGGGAGACCUGAUCAGCCACCUGAAAUGGUUAUAGACCAAGUCAAAGUUUUUCAGAAAAUUCCCAUUUACACCAUCUCCUUCAAUUACAAUGAUGAGAUUGCAAAUGGAUUUUUGAAAGAGCUUGCUUCUUUGACUGGAGGAGAUUUCCACCUUUAUAAUUUUGGCUGCAAGGAUCUGUGUCCUUCAGAAGCUAUUCAGAAUGAAGAUCUGACUCUUUUAAUUAAGGAAAUGGAGCAGGGAAGAAGUGACCUGGAGAAGGUGCAAAACCUUUAUUCGGAGUCUUUGAUCAUGGAUUGGUGGUACAACGGGGAAAAGGGAGGAGACAGUAGGCAUCAAAAAGAAAUCUCUUCUAUGGUUUCAACUCCAGAAAAAUGUGUAAAACAUCACUCUGAUGUUGAAUCAACAAAAACGUCAUCCCUAGAUAUGUUGAAAUUACCAGAGGACCUUUCAAAUCAAAAGAUUCCAAGAAGGAAAGUCCUCCAUGCAGAAUCAACUAAAACCAGCCUGCUCAGAAGCCAGAUGUCCACCCUCAGGAGCUCAACGUGCAGUGAGAGGACGGACGACUCAUUCAAUUCCAGCAGCUGGAACACUCCAAGUGACGGAGGCAAGCCCGAAAUGAGUGUUCUGUUGACAAAUGAGUAUCCAGAUGGCAAAGCAUUAGAAAGACUGAGUCGGGAAGAAAGCCAGGUUCAUGGCCAAGAUAUGUCUUCAGAAAACUGGCUCAAAACUCAUGGCUUGGUUGCCAAGAAACUCACCCUCAUGGAUGCCUUGUCACUGGCAGCGGUCCCUCACACCCCCACCUACGUUCCCAUUCUGAACAAGUAUGUUGUUUCCAAGGUCUUUGAUGAGGUGUUCCCUCUGGCACAUGUGUGCAAUGACACAAAUAAGAUGACAUUAAUUAACCCCCAAGGAGUCAAGCUCAAUAUCUACAAGCAAAAAGUGGAACAGGCAAUUAAGAGCUAUGAAAACCGCUUGAAUAAUAUUGUUUGGCGAGCGUUAUCUCAAGAGGAAAAAGAAAAGCUAGAUGCAUGUGAGCCAAUGCGGUACCUGGAAAACAAGGCAGCUUUGAACAGGGCAUUAGAACGGUUGAAUUGGCCCAUUUCACUGAAGGAGCUGUCAAUGCUGGAAAAUGAAAUCCUAGCUGGGAAAAUGUACAUCCAACAGGCCAUGGAGCUCCAGGAGGCUGCCAAGAAGGAGAAUCAUGUGAACAAGACACCAGGAGAGCAACAGGUAUCUCUGGGAAGUCCAACAAAGAAAAUCAAAUCAAAAAAAUUGGAUCCCCUCAAAGGCCAAAAAGUUAUUGCAAGAUGUGAUGAAAAUGGCUUUUAUUUUCCAGGGGUGGUGAAGAAGUGUGUGAGCCCCACCCAUGCUCUCGUGGACUUCAGGUAUGGAGACACCAAGGUUGUGCCCACCUCGUUCAUCACACCUAUUGGGGGUGCCAUGCCCUGCCCACUGCUCCAGGUUGGAGAUUAUGUCUUUGCCAAAAUCGUGAUUCCCAGUGGAUUUGACUUCUAUGUCCCUGCCAUUGUCAUAGCACUUCCGAAUCAGGAUUUUGCCGAAGAUAAAUUCUACACUGUUUUGAAGUGUAACAACCGGAGAGAAUUUUGCCCACGGAGUGCACUUAUUAAGAUCAGCCAAAACAAGUAUGCUCUCUCUUGUUGUCAUAUAAAAUCACCCCCGAUUCAGGAGGAUCUAAAAGUGGAGGAUGUGAACACAGAGAAUUCUACUUUCUUAAUAUGUCCACUCAAAGAAAUGGACACUGGGGAUUUACGAGAGCUAAAACAAGAGAACUCUAGAAAGAAGAAAAAGAAAUCUUCCAAGAGGCUGCCUCUUCAGGAGACGGUGUCCUCAGAAUCUGAUGACUCUUCUCAUGGCAUCAGGUCCCAAGAGCCCUCCAAGAAACACUCCAAGCCCAAGCCCUGCCUUCCUCCUAGAGCCACCCACAGCAGCAAAGGGCUGAGGACCAUUGCUGAGAAACCUUAAAGCAGUCCAGUGGCAACUAUGUUUAAGAGAGCCAGCACUCCUCCAGGGCUGCCUCAACCUCAGCCAGUCAACACUGUGGAACUGGCCCCUCUGCUGAGUCUGUUGUAGGUACCUCUAGUUGAAUGUGGAGCCACAAUAAAAACUCCUACACUGGAAACAUUUCAAAACUA